GAAUGAUUGAAAACCAAAAAAGCAAUUUGGGAGUUUUCUGUUUUCCGCAGAAACGAUAAAGUCCUAUUGCGUAGGGGAAGAAAAAAGGAUGAACACACCCCGAUUUCACGCGUUUCCACCGGAGGAUAUGAUUGAUUGAGCUCGUAUAAAUAAACUCCGCCGCAUUUGAAUCGCCAUAUCUCCAAUCUUCGCCCCGCGAUGGACCAGAAUCUGGCUGCACUGAUAGCGGUUUCCCUGAUCGCCUCCUCCCUUGCGGCGGCCGAGUACGUCAGACCUCCACCGCGCAAAACUUUGAGUUUUCCUUGGGAUCCAAACACUUCUUCUCAACCUCAGCAGGUUCACAUAUCCUUGGCUGGAGAUAAACAAAUACGAGUAUCAUGGAUCACCAGUUAUGAAUCCUCUCCUUUUGUCGAAUAUGGCACAUCACCCGGAAAUUACACCUUCAAUGCUGAUGGAGAAAGCACAAAAUAUAGAUAUGUCUUUUACACCUCAGGGUUAAUUCACCACACAGUGAUUGGACCACUGGAGGAUGACACUGUGUAUUAUUACAGAUGUGGAGGAAGAGAUCCUGAGUUUCAUCUCAAAACUUUGCCUUCCAAGUUCCCACUUACUUUUGCAGUGGCAGGCAAUUUGGGGCAGACAGAAUGGACUAAGUCAACUUUAGACCACAUAGAACAAUGCAAACAUGAUGUUCUUUUGUUACCUGGAGACCUGUCCUAUGCCAAUCGCAUUCAAAGGCGAUGGGACACCUUUGGUAAUCUGGUGCAGCCUCUUGCAAGUGCAAGGCCAUGGAUGGUCACACAAGGGAACCAUGAUAAGGAGGAACUCGUCCCCCUAGUUAACGAAGGGUUUGAGUCUUAUAACUCGAGGUGGAAAAUGCCUUUCAUAGAGAGUGGUUCCUCUUCAAAUCUGUAUUAUUCAUUUGAUGUGGCUGGGGUUCACGUUGUCAUGCUCGGCUCUUAUACAGAUUAUGCCGAGAACUCCCCUCAGUAUAGCUGGCUUAAGGCUGAUCUUCUCAAACUCAAAUCACAUCGCGAAGAGACGCCCUGGUUAGUCGUUCUAUUCCAUGUGCCUUGGUAUAACAGUAAUAAGGCCCAUCAAAGGGAAGGAGAUGACAUGAUGGAGGCAAUGGAGCCAUUGCUUUAUGAGCAUGGGGCAGACAUUCUGUUUACAGGCCAUGUUCAUGCUUACGAGCGCACCGAACGAGUCUACAAUGGCAAACCCAAUCAAUGUGGUCCUGUCCAUAUAACAAUAGGUGAUGGAGGGAACAAAGAAGGGUUAGCAACAGAGUAUGAUGAACCCCAACCGGAGUGGUCUAUGUUCCGUGAAGCCAGCUUUGGACACGGAGCGCUCACGAUUGUUAAUUCAACUCAUGCCUAUUGGAGUUGGCAUCGUAAUGACGACGAUGAAGCUGUGAAGUCCGAUGAAGUGUGGAUAACCUCCUCAUUCAGUGCUUCGGCGUGCAAUCACUUGCCGUAGCUGUUAGCACCGAUCAUGCCGUGAGUGAAUGAAGGAAACCAAAAUGCUUGGGGCAUGUACCACCCAUGCAUCCAGCACACAUUUCCUUCUUAUCGAGAAUUUAAUUUUUGAGUUCUAGAUAAGAAAUGUGUGGUAGAUGCAUGGGUGGUGUAACUUGGUGUACCUUGGUGUAACUUGUGAAGGAAAUUCUAAUGUCUCCUUCACAAGUACUUGCAGGAUAUAUGUAUAUAUAUUAAGGCACUCAUCUGUGCAUUGUUUUUUUAAUGUUAUUGACUCUAAUACAAUGUAGUAUUUGUUCAUACAUUUCUUAAAUGACGCACGAAAAGUCAAUGUCUUUGCCUUUGUUGGGGCUCGAACUUGGGAGAAUUUUCCCAAAAAUCCUGAGGAACGGGCUUCCUACUACUCAAGUCAAGGGAGAAGUUCGUCUGUGUACUCUAUGAUUGGGCAAGUUCAUGUAACAACCAGCUCCGUAUGAGGUUAAUUUCUGUAUAGGAUGAGUGUUGUAGCUGCUUUAUCAAAGGGUAACUAUAUAGAGAUUACCU